CUCGCCCGCCGAUGCUUGUCCGCGCUAUUUGGCUCCGAAGCGAGGUCGAGGUCGUUUUGAUCCGGGGCGUGAGGGCACGGGAUUGCGAUUAUCUCUCGGUUCAAGUGAUCAACGGCGUGACGGCAGAGGGGUGCCUGCCUCUCAUGACCGUCUGAUAGCGAGCAGCGAGAACAGAGUCGAAUGGAUGGCUCGAGGACGGAUAACAGAUAUCAGCAAUUUGCUUGUCCGGCAGAUAUGGAUAUAAGACUAAGCGAGCAAGCAAGUGAUAAUGGGCUGCUGCACUUGCCUUGUGGUCCAUCUUCAACCUAGACCUCGCUCGAUCCUCAAUACAUUGCUAGUAUAAUCAAUCGACGCCUAGUUCAACAUGGGUUCAGGCAAAGAAAAGGUCGCAGAAGAAGGGAUUUCUGAGAGGGUCGUCAGUCCGACAAGCCAUGCCGUCGAAGCCGAUUCCCGUCUCAAGGAAAUGGGUUACAAGCAGGAGCUCAAGCGAUCGCUCGGGAUGUUAUCUGUGCUGGGUCUGGCCUUUGCAAUCAUGGCACCGUUGCUGGGCCUCAACACUGCUUUGAAUAUUGCCUUGACCAAUGGUGGACCCGUCACUAUCAUCUGGGGUUGGGUGCUGGUGUCUUUGGUCAGCUUAGCAAUCGCUGCAAGUCUGGCUGAGAUUUGUAGCGUCUUCCCGACUUCUGGCGGUGUAUAUUACUGGUCGGCCAUGCUUUCGACCCCGAAGUAUAGCGCGCUGGCGUCCUAUGUCAAUGGAUGGCUCUCGCUGGCCGGAAACUAUACGGUCACCGCAUCAAUUACAUUCUCAGGGGCACAGCUCAUUCUUGCGGCCAUCACCCUCUGGGACGAGUCAUACGUCCCUACUGCCUGGCAGACGGUUCUGACGUAUUGGCUUUGCCUUAUCUUCUCCUUGUCGAUCAACGUCUUCUUCAACUCGCAUUUGGAUAAGCUCAACAAAGUCUGCUUGUGGUGGACUGGCGCCUCUGUCAUCAUCAUCAUUGUGACUCUGCUUGUCAAAGCACCAAGGCGGAAUUCGGCAGCCUAUGCUUUCGGAGAGUUCGAUGCUUCUGCAUCAGGUUAUACCCCAGGUUGGAGUUUUUUCGUGGGUCUGUUACAAGCGGCAUACACCUUGACAGGAUACGGUAAGCCCUUGGUGUCACUCUCUCUCCGCAUGGUCGCUGCCCUAUGCGAAGAGGUCCAUGCUCCCGAACGAGCAGUCCCGAAGGCCAUGGUUUUGAGCGUAGCCGCGGCUUUCGUCACUGGUGUCGUCUACUUGGUUCCUCUCAACUUUGUCCUGACCAACAUCAGUGACCUACUCGCUGUACCAUCGUUGCAGCCCAUGCCGCUUUUGUUCAAACUCGUAGUUGGCAGUGCAGGAGGCGCCUUUGGCUUGCUCUUUCUCAUCCUCGGAAUCUGGGCCUUUGCCGCUGUCGGUUCGCUUACGGCAGCUUCAAGAUGCACCUGGUCUUUCUCGCGAGAUGGAGGCAUCCCUGCAUCUGGCGUGUGGAAGAAGGUCGACAAGCGCUUCGGACUGCCUUUGAACGCCUUGAUUCUGUCUGCCGUUGUAGACGCUCUCCUCGGGUGUAUCUAUUUCGGAAGUUCCGCUGCGUUCAACGCUUUCACAGGAGUCGCGACCAUCUGUUUGGGAGCUUCCUACAUGUUCCCAGUCAUGUGCAGCGUUCUGCGUCGAAGAGAAUUGGUUAAGAACGCGCCAUUCUCGCUGGGCAGAUUCGGUUACGCCAUUAAUAUCCUGACCAUCUGCUGGGUGUCAUUCUCUAUCGUGCUCUUCUGCAUGCCCACCGCUAUCCCCGUCACACCCUCUUCCAUGAAUUACGCCUCAGUAGUAUUCGCUGGCUUUACGCUCAUAGCACUGCUCUGGUACGUCUUCAGCGCACGGAAACAUUACACUGGUCCCGCCAUCUCGAGUGUCAAGACAAAAGACGGCGUGAUUCAGGUCACCGAACAGUACAAUAGCGGUGACGAGCCAAUGUCGGACGAUUCGCCAAGUGCCGUCGAAGGGGUCCACCCGAUUCGCGCUUGA